UCGGGCCUAGCCGGUCGGGACGAGACCGUCUCUACGACCCUGGAGCCUUCAUGCAGUCACAGUCCACCGUGACGACAGCCGCCGGCCAGUCCUCCUCGCUCCAGGCGCUCCAGGCCGCUCCAGACCCCUCCAGGUCGCGGGCACCUCGCUCCAGGCGCUCCAGGCCGCUCCAGGCCCCUCCAGGUCGCGGGCACCUCGCUCCAGGGGCUCCAGGCCCGCGAACUGCCGCCACCUCACAGUGCCCCAGCGCGGCUCGACGACACAGGCCGGCGGCCUACUGUCGCGCCACUGCAAGUGUCCGUGUGUGUGUGACGCCGUGCGCGGUGUGUGUGUGUGUGUGUGCGCGCGAAUCGUGUCAGCGAGAUAGGCAUGUCGUGAACAAGUGCAAGUGAGCAGGUCGCGCGCGGGCAAAGGAAAGCGAAGGUGGAAAAGUGAACGUGGAAAGGGAGGAGUACCUGGGCGACGCUCGCCGGGCCGUCGCGACGACAGUGAGACCCAGAGCGGCUCCAGCCAGCUGACGGCCGCUGCACCGGCUGCACCACGAAGACGGACUUCUUGAGGUCCAACAUGACGGGCCCCGUCGCCAACUCUGCCGCGCAGGAGAAGCAGGCCCAGGCCGAGCUCGCCACUGCAACGUCUGCAACGCGGGACCCAGGGUCCGUCAGCCCGCUCCGGGAGGCGAUACCGCAGGUGCUGGCGUCGUGCGCCAAAAACAUGCUGCUGCUGGACAUCGGCAUGACCCUGGCCUUCCCCACCGUGGUCAUCGCCGCCCUCCUCGGCUCCAAGGAGCACCCCAGGGAGCCGGACGAGUACGGCCUCGCCUUCGACGAGUGGCAAGCCUCCUGGUUCGGCAGCCUGAUGCUCAUCUGCCAGCCGUUCGGGUCGGUGCUGUCGGGGCUGCUGCUGGAGCCGCUGGGCCGCAAGCGCGCCAUGCUGCUGGUCAACGCGCCGCACCUGCUGUCCUGGCUGCUGCUCAGCACGGCGCGCACCCACGGCGCGCUGUUCGCGGCGGCCGCGCUCAUGGGCCUCGGCAUGGGCUUCAUGGAGGCGCCCAUCAUCACGUACGUCGGCGAGAUCUCGACGCCCAAGCUGCGCGGCGCCCUCACCUCCAUGGCGGGCAUCAGCGUCAUGCUGGGCUUCUUCAUCGAGUACCUGCUCGGCACCCUGGUCACCUGGCGCACCGCGGCCUGGGGCAGCGUCGCCGUGCCCGUCCUCACCGUCAUCGCCAUCUCGCAGGUGCCGGAGUCCCCCAUGUGGCUGGUGUCCAAGGGUCGCGUCCGGGACGCGGAGCGCGCGCUGUGCUGGCUGCGUGGCUGGGUGCCCGCCUCCGCCGUCCAGACCGAGCUGGCAGGCCUGCUGCAGUACAACACGGAGAUGACGGCGCUGCCCUCCAAGAGCGGCAAGGCCGCCAAGGCGGCGGAGGGCGGCCGCAAGUCCAACGGCGUCAGCAACGGCGUCAGCAACGGCGGCUUCGUGGCGGACGACGCCAAGCCGGCCGCCGUCACCGAGGCCGUCAAGCAGGCCGACGACGAGGUGCCGCAAGGCCGCUACCUGGACGGGCUGCGCGCGCUGCGGCGCAGGGAGACGCUGUGGCCCCUCAUGCUGGUCAUCUCCUUCUUCGUGAUCCACCACUGGACGGGGCUCUCCGGACUCAGGCCCUUCAUGGUGCCCGUCUUCAGGCAGUUCGGGCUGCCCGUCGACGCGCACUGGCUCACGGUGCUGUCGGCGCUGCUCGGCAUGGGCGGCAACGUGCUGUGCAUGCUCACAGUGGCGUGGUGCGGCAAGCGGCCGCUCGCCCUGGCGUCCAUCGGCGGCAUGGCCCUGUCGUGCUUCGGCCUGGCCAGCUACCACCUCUUCAUGUCCAGCUCCACGGGGGCGGCGGUGGGCGACGAGCUCGAGUCCCACUGGCUGCCGCUGGUGCUCUUCAUCGCCCUCUUCUUCUUCCACUCGUUCGGCAUCGGCCCCAUACCCUGGAUGCUGCUGUCCGAGGUCUUCCCCUACCAGGGCCGAGGUCCAGCGACCGGUAUCGCAGCGGCCGCCUCCUACAUCCUCGGCUUCUUCGCGGCCAAGACGUUCCUCGACAUCCAGCGGCUGGUCAACCUGAGCGGGGUGUUCUUCGUCAACGGAGGCGUCGCCGCGGCCGGUUUCCUCUUCAUGUGGAAGUACCUCCCUGAAACGGAGGGCAGGUCCCUCCAGGAUAUCGAGUCCAUGUACAUCAAGAAGAAGAACGCAGCCAGUGUGGAGAGCAGCCCUGAACAACCUAUGGAGAAAACUUCUCUUUAAUUAGUUCUGAGUUGGAAGAAAGGUGCUAAAUGUAAGUCCGUCAACAUCACAGUUCAUAACGACAUUCCAAAGGCACAGUACAUCACUGUCAUUUGCCGUUCAUUUCAUUUAAACUUUGUUCAUUUCCUUAUCAUUGCUAUUUAUUCAAACGAUAAAAGACGAAUAGGUUCCCCUCCGGAACUUUGACAAGCCAACAAGUUCAUAUCAAUUCUUCAAGGAUCGGAUGACCUCAUCCUACAUAUAUUUUCUAAACUUUCUAGAGGCCGUCCUGAAGGGCAGGUUCAUGCAAACGAAGGGAAACCCCCAUUAAACUGAAAACAAAUAAUUUUAUAACUAAUGUGUACGUGUGAAAAAACUGCGAUCUAAAUGUAAAAUGUGUGAAAAAUUUUCUAAUUGACACGCCGGUUUUAUCUUCUGUAAAAUAAAAUUUUGAAACAGCCAGCAAUUACGAUUAUGGAUUCUGUCUGAUCAUUCUGGUAUAACUACUGGUGGGCCUUGAUUCGCGAAGCCUCUUGAGAAACAUUACCCUUUAAGGACCUAUUGUGAUAAUGACUACUAGGAUUAUUUCGAUAAAACGGGCAUUUGAAAAAUGAAAAGUGUAGAUUUCAGAAGUAUUUAUAGAUAUGCACUGUUAAAAAUAUCAUUUCAUGAUGUAUUUAAUACAGAAAGUAACUGUAAGUGUGUUAAUACCUGUAUCGUGUCUGCACUAUCUAGAGUUGCUGUCAAAUCAACAUGAUAUUUUCAACAGUGCAGUAUAAUCUGUGAUUUUGAAUUGUUUUGUAAGAUUAUAAGGUUAAUGAUGUAUACAAUUUGAGUCAUCCUUGAUGGCAAGGAAGCGUGCUCAGAAGAAAUCGAUCAAAAAUUUUCCAACCUCGUAUAACUAUUUUUAAGUUGAUUUUGAUUGUUGUCAAUAAAUGAGUCUGGUUUGGGAGUCCUGAAA